AUGUCACAGAAGUUCCUCUUCACCAGUGAAUCCGUCACAGAAGGUCAUCCAGAUAAGAUGUGCGACAUUAUUUCCGAUACAAUUCUUGAUGCUUGCCUCGCUCAAGAUCCAAAUUCAAAGGUUGCUUGCGAAACAUGCACAAAGACAGGUAUUGUCUGCCUUCUUGGUGAAUUGACAUCCAAUGCUCACCUCGAUUAUCAGAAACUCGUUCGUGAUGCCGUUCGUAAGAUUGGCUACACAUCAUCCAAGCUUUGCUUCGAUGCUGACACAUGCGCUGUCAUGGUUUCCAUGUGCCAGCAGUCUGCUGAUAUCGCUCAGGCCGUCCAUCUUAACAAGAAGGCUGAGGAAUUAGGUGCUGGUGAUCAGGGCAUCAUGUUCGGCUACGCUACAGACGAAACAGAAGAGCUCUUCCCACUUACACACGUUCUUGCUCACAAGCUUGCUCGCCGCCUCACAGAAGUCCGUAAGAAUGGAACACUUCCAUUCCUCGGCCCAGAUGGCAAGACACAGGUUACAGUUGAAUACGAGCGCACAAAUGGCCACCUCAAGCCACUCCGUAUCCACACAAUUCUCAUCUCUACAAUGCACACAGAUGAUGUUACAUUAGACAAGCUUCGUGUUGAAGUCAAGAAGCACGUCGUUGAUCCAGUUCUUCCAAAGGAACUCGUUGACCACACAAUCCUCCACAUCAACCCAGGUGGCAGAUUCGUCAUCGGUGGCCCACUCGGCGACUCUGGUUUGACCGGCCGUAAGAUCAUUGUCGACUCUUAUGGAAGCUGGGGUGCUCACGGUGGUGGUGCUUUCUCUGGCAAGGACCCAUCAAAAGUCGAUAGAUCUGCUUGCUACGCUGCUCGUUGGGUUGCUAAGUCCCUCGUUGCUGCUGGCCUCUGCUCAAGAUGCUUAGUUCAACUUUCAUACGCUAUCGGUGUUGCCCACCCACUUUCUAUCUUUGUCGAUACAUACGGCACAGGAAAGGGCAAGACAGACGAAGAAAUUGUCGAAAUUGUUAACAAGAACUUCGAUCUUAGACCAUACGCUAUCAUCCGUGAUUUGGACCUUCUUCGCCCAAUCUAUGCUCAGACAGCUGCUUAUGGCCACUUCGGUCGUACAGAUAUCGACCUCCCAUGGGAAAAGGUUAAGGAGAUCAAGUAUUAA